AUGAGCUCUCCCCCUGACCUACCUCCCUCCCAUGGCGUGGACAAGACACUUGAAACACCAAAAUUUGGAACUACUCCCAGAUUAUUCGACUCUACACCAAAAUAUGACUCUACACCGAAAUUUGGGUCGACGACGCCCAUGAAGUCUAACUUGGGUCCAAUUCCCUACCGAAACCCUCAGGAUCCUGUAAGGACUCAACAGGCUCCAAAACCUUUCAUAUCAAAGGUUCAAGCCCGUACCGAAGAAUUCCUUCAGCCUUUGCCACUGAAAAACUCCCGUGAGAACUGGAGACACCCUCCCACUAUCGAUUUAACAAACAAAUCCGAUGAUGACGACGAGCUUGUUGUCAUCCAACGCCCCCAAGCAUUUCCUACGUUUCAUUCUGUUAACCGUAGGAACGAUAUUGGAUCAGGGAUCACGGGUGGAUUUCCUUCGGAGGGUGGUCGGAAGAAGCUACCUACAUAUUCUAUUCCUAGCGGUGGUGCAGUGCCAGGUACCAGUGGAACAUAUCAUGGCGGAGUUUAUGUAGACCACGAGAAGACCACCGAAAGCAUCAAGGAAUUAUUGGAGGGGAUUAAUGAUUCAGUUCCUCUCAGGAAGAAGAAGGGCAAAAAAGAAAAGAAGGUUGAUGAUGAACUAGCUUCUAUGAUGGAAGAAAAGGUUACAUUGGGUGAGGGGUUGCAGGGGGAAGCCGAACAAGAAGAGGAGGAGGAUGAAGACGAAGAAGAGGAAGGCUCUGAUGUAGUUGAGGGUUUGAACGUCAAAUUACUUCCGCAUCAAAUCCGAGGAUUGAAAUUUCUUCGUGGUAGAGAAGAAGGAAAGGCAAGAGGUGGGAUAUUGGCUGAUGAUAUGGGCUUGGGAAAAACAAUACAAACUAUUUCCCUUAUACUCUGUCAUACACAUCCUUCGCAUCCAAUCGCCGGGAAUUCUUCCCUCUCCCCAGACUCUAAAAAAGCAGCCGUAAAACUUCCGUCCGACCUCGAGAAAGGGACUCUUGUUAUUGCACCUUUGGCUUUGAUAAAGCAAUGGGAAGCUGAAAUUGAAAGACGCACCGAAGAUUCUCACAAAAUGCGUGUUCGCGUCCAUCACGGCCCAUCACGGGCCAAAGACCCGGCUUUACUACGGAAAUACGAUGUCGUUAUUACCACAUAUGAUGUCAUUCGUUCUGAGCAUAAGGAUACCGAAGGAAAUGGAAGACCCGUUGGAUGUUUUGGGCUACGUUGGUGGAGGAUUGUGCUCGAUGAAGCGCACACAAUCAAAAAUAGACUUGCGAAAGGAUCAUUGGCAUGCUGUGCUCUCCGGGCAAGAUUUAGGUGGUGCCUUACAGGCACACCUUUGCAAAACAAGAUCGAAGAAUUGCAGAGUCUAAUCAAGUUCCUAAAGGUUGCGCCUUUCGAUGACCUUGGUGUGUGGAAAGAGCAGAUCGCAAGACCUAUGGGUCAAGGACGUGAAGGGGUAGCUAUUGAACGACUCAGAGUGGUAUUGGGCGCUAUUAUGUUGAGGAGAACUAAAGACGUGCUGAGGUCAGAUGGUGAUAAGCUAGAGGCUGCAGGUGGUGAAAACAAGAUGAAGAUGGUUAAGAGGAAGGUUGAGAGUGUAGUGACUGAAUUCGAUGAAAAAGAGAAAGAGUUUUACGAAAAAUUGGAAGCAAGGACGGAGGAGAAUCUUGAGAAGAUGCUCAGCGGGUUCGGUGUUGGUAGAGGGUUAGGGGGUGUCAAUAUGACGAGCGCUUUGCUCCUGCUUCUAAGAUUACGACAAGCCUGUAACCAUCCAACUCUCGUUGCUGGGAAAAUUGUUAAGGACAAGGAUUCUGGGCUUGGUCUAACUACACCACGGAAGAAAGCACCGAAAUCAUUAGUGCAGGACGAAGCUCUGGAUGAUGAUCUUGCAGGCCUAAUUGGUGGACUAAGUGUCGACGCCAGGAAAUGUGAUGUUUGUUUCUCAGCAUUGACUAAGGAGGAGACACGAAAGGGAGAACCUAGGUGUAGGGAUUGCAGAGAAGAUCUCAAGGCGCUAGAGAAGGCAUCAAGAGAAGGUGGAGAGGAAACCAUAAAGAAAGAUGGUAAUGUGAAGAACAAAAGAGGCAGAUUAGUGGUUCUUGACAGCGAUGAUGAAGAUGAAGAGGACGAUGGCGACUACGGCAACGGUACCAGGGAGGAAAGGGGAAAAACGCUUAUAAACGAUGACGACGACGAAGGAAGCCAAGCAGAAGAGGUGGACGAUGAUGAAGAUGAGGAUGAUGAAGAUACGAAACCCCGGCAUUACGAUAGCGAGGACGAUGGAGGCAGCCAGGCAGAAGAAGGGACCGACACAUCAGAUGAUGAUGGUCCAAUCAAGCCGAAAACACGACGACGCCCCAGAGUUGUCGAUUCAUUCAUCGACGAUGAUGAGGAUGAGGAUGAGGAUUACUCGGAGGAAGAUGAAUAUUCUAACCUUGUCAUAUCAACGAAAAUCAAGCGGCUCUUACAAAUUCUUAAGAAAGAGUUGAAAGAAGACAACAAAACAAUCGUGUUUAGUCAGUUUACAAGUAUGCUGGACCUAAUCGAACCCUUCCUCCACAGGGAGGGUAUUGCGUUUGCAAGAUACGAUGGGAGUAUGAAGAAUGAUGAUCGUGAGGCCAGUCUGCGAAGGUUGAGGGGAGAGGGCGAGUACGCAAAUAAGAAAGGAGUAGAAAAGGAAUUCUGUGGCGUACUUCUGUGCAGUUUGAAAUGCGGGGCCCUAGGUCUAAACCUCAUCGCUGCUUGUAGGGUGGUUAUAUUGGAACCGUUCUGGAAUCCUUUCAUUGAGGAGCAAGCUAUCGAUCGUGUCCAUCGUAUUGGUCAGAUGACAGAUGUAGUUGUCUACAAGCUCACUGUCGCUAACUCUGUUGAGGAACGUAUCUUGAAGCUUCAAGAGCAAAAAAGAGACCUUGCCAAAGCUGCAUUUGGAGAUGGAGAUGGUGGACUUGGAAAGGCAAAGGCUGCGAAGCUGAGCAUGAAAGAUAUUCUAUAUCUUUUCAGGCGCGAUGCAGAGACGGCCUCAGGACCCGGGUCAGCUUCCACGGUGGGAUUAGGAAGUAGGGCAAGAGUCCUCAAGGAUAGGCGUCAGAGGAGGAGAGCGGCAGAAGCAAAUAAUGCUUUUGGAAGGCGAUAA